UAAAAAAAAACACAUUUGGGUCACGCCAAAGGAACCAGCACUAAUAUUAGAGGCUGGUGCUUUCAGAAGAGCUGCCAAGCAGCGCCGCAUAAAGGCAUCUUAGCCAGGGGAUACUUUGUCACAAGGACUGGAAAGCCAUGUUUUCCACGGGUGACAUUUAACGUCACACGCGUUGUCAUUACGGAGGGGCUUCUCCAUGCCUAACGCAGAUACGGCGCUGGAUCCACACUCCUCAAACCAUGAGUACUUGCAAGUGUUUAAUUUGAAGGGGACAUAUGCACUCUUCUGCAGAUAUGUCUUUCUUAACCAUACCAAGCCAAGAGGGACUUUUCAAAACGAUUAAAACCAGCAAGUCUGCUGGAGAAGCGGAGGGUCGUUCACGCACGGAUGCCGCUGUGGAAAACGACGAUGAGGAGGAUGAGGAUGAUGAUGACACCGAGGAUGUCCGGCUCAUGCUCAGGUGUUCCCCAGUGCCCAGAAAACGGGGCGCGUCCAUCUUCGACGAGACAGCAGAGUACAUGCGGAUCCACCAGGCGCUCUCUGCAGGAAAGCGGGUCUCGUUCGCCGAUACAACAGGUGGAGAUCUGGUGGAUGUGCGUGAAUUCGCAGCCUUCGACUCGGACGAGGAAGACACCUCACAUUGGCAGGAGGAGGAGGCGAAAUACCGCAAAGCAGUGCGGGAGCCAAUCUAUCGAGUGCACCCGGAGUUCCAGGUUCCCAGCGGCGGUGUCCUGCUGCAGGUUGUGCGCUCCAACAAAGUGGAAGUUGAACGGAUAUCCCCAGUGGAGGACGAGCCGCUUGCAUUCAGUGGAGUAAUUCGAGUCCUGAACAUCUCCUUCCACAAAGCGGUGUACAUCAGAUCAACCAUGGACAACUGGGACACUUACUUUGAUCAUCCGGCAGAGUACGUGUUUGGAUCUAAUGUCGACGACACUGAUCAGUUCUCCUUUAAGCUGUCUUUUGCACCACCGUACACCACGCACGGCUCACGCAUUGAGUUUGUCGUGCGCUAUGAAACUUCGGUUGGUGAUUACUGGGCCAAUAACUUUUCCAGGAAUUACGCUGUGACACUACAUUUGUCCUAUGAAGAUGAUCCAGCCCAGACCAGCACUAAUAUGGCACAAAAAAGAAGCAUCCUGAAGAGUCCGAAAAUCUACAGUCUGACAUCAGAGGAAGGUCUGGAGAAAGGAGAAGAGGAACCAGAGAGUUUAAUAGCAGAACUAGUCAGGCCAACAGCUGUGUGUCCAGUCAUCAUUCAUCCUGAGAUCGAUGUGGAGAAACCCGGUCAUCAAUCCGGUCCCUCCGCCACAUCUCAAUACAGGCCGCUACGUACCGGCGCCACACUGUCCACACCUUCAGCAUCCUCCGAACUCGACCUUCAGGCCAAUUCUGCCUUUGCACUCAAACCAGAUAACUCUCAGCCUUCGCAUUCACUCCACCGGGUGCACGAGAAAGAAACACCAGAGCAGUCUGUGCACAGCCGUCCCGCUGCGUCGCCGUCUCCCCCACGUCCUUCAUCUCAAGAACCCGAACAGAGAUCAGACGAGUCUCAGACUGACAGAGUGGAAACUCUUCCUCGCUUCGGUCCUCUGUCAGCAGCAGGCGACAAGCGCCUGGCUGCCGAGUGUGUCUCCUAUCCCAGUCUGAUGGAAGAAUCUCCUGCACAAUUCAGCCAACUUCAAAAAAAGCUUUUAGAAACGCCCACAAAAUCUGCAGAACAUCAGGCAGCUGAGACUUGUGCAUCAGCGAACGCCGGUCCUCAAUCUGCCUCAUUCGACGAUCCACUAGCCCUGAUGUCUGAAGAAGAAGACUACAGCAUCGAUCUAAAGCCGUGCAUCUUAUUCCUGGGUGUUUCCCUCUCUCUGGUGUGGUGGAAACUCUUUGGCAGGUAGAGAAGCUGCUCAAUAAACCGGAGAAGGAGCCA